AUGCAGUCUCCAAAGCAAUUAUUAUUACGCUAUUCCACUAUAUGCACCAGGGUUUCAAUUCUUAAAAUUCUAAUCAACUAUCUAUUUCGAGUUAGACGCCUUUUCUGCAUUUUAACUGGUUCACAUAAUAAAUUUAUUAUUAUUAUUACUAUUACUAUUAAUAUUAAUAUUAUUAUUAUCUGGCCCGUAAAGCAAGCGAAGCAUCAGAAUAGCGAGACAAAUAAGGGAUAG